AUGGAUCGGGUUCAUGUCACUGAAGGAUACUCAUCUCUGUUCUGUCAGGUUCAUGUCACUGAAGGAUACUCAUCUCUGUUCUGUCAGGUUCAUGUCACUGAUGGAUACUCGUCUCUGUUCUGUCAGGUUCAUGUCACUGAUGGAUACUCGUCUCUGUUCUGUCAGGUUCAUGUCACUGAUGGAUACUCGUCUCUGUUCUGUCAGGUUCAUGUCACUGAUGGAUACACAUCUCUGUUCUGUCAGGUUCAUGUCACUGAUGGAUACUCAUCUCUGUUCUGUCAGGUUCAUGUCACUGAUGGAUACUCAUCUCUGUUCUGUCAGGUUCAUGUCACUGAUGGAUACUCGUCUCUGUUCUGUCAGGUUCAUGUCACUGAUGGAUACUCAUCUCUGUUCUGUCAGGUUCAUGUCACUGAAGGAUACUCAUCUCUGUUCUGUCAGGUUCAUGUCACUGAUGGAUACUCAUCUCUGUUCUGUCAGGUUCAUGUCACUGAUGGAUACUCAUCUCUGUUCUGUCAGGUUCAUGUCACUGAUGGAUACUCAUCUCUGUUCUGUCAGGUUCAUGUCACUGAUGGAUACUCAUCUCUGUUCUGUCAGGUUCAUGUCACUGAUGGAUACUCAUCUCUGUUCUGUCAGGUUCAUGUCACUGAUGGAUACUCAUCUCUGUUCUGUCAGGUUCAUGUCACUGAUGGAUACUCGUCUCUGUUCUGUCAGGUUCAUGUCACUGAUGGAUACUCAUCUCUGUUCUGUCAGGUUCAUGUCACUGAUGGAUACUCAUCUCUGUUCUGUCAGGUUCAUGUCACUGAUGGAUACUCAUCUCUGUUCUGUCAGGUUCAUGUCACUGAAGGAUACUCAUCUCUGUUCUGUCAGGUUCAUGUCACUGAUGGAUACUCAUCUCUGUUCUGUCAGGUUCAUGUCACUGAUGGACACUCAUCUCUGUUGCAGACUUCAUGUUACAACUCUCUAGAAAUAGGAAUUGUCAAGCUUUCUUGGUAUCGGUCAGUUCAACAUCAACUGCUCUACUAACAAGUACCCACUGGGCACAGACAUCAGUUCAACGUCAACUGCUCUACUAACAAGUACCCACUGGGCACAGACAUCAGUUCAACGUCAACUGCCCUACUAACAAGUACCCACUGGGCACAGACAUCAGUUCAACGUCAACUGCUCUACUAACAAGUACCCACUGGGCACAGACAUCAGUUCAACGUCAACUGCCCUACUAACAAGUACCCACUGGGCACAGACAUCAGUUCAACGUCAACUGCUCUACUAACAAGUACCCACUUUAUUUUUUAUUUAUUUUAUUUGACCUUUAUUUAACCAGGCAAGUCAAUUAAGAACAAAUUCUUAUUUUCAACGACGGCCUAGGAACAGUGGGUUAACUGCCUGUUCAGGGGCAGAACGACAGAUUUGUACCUUGUCAGCUCGGGGGUUUGAACUUGCAACCUUCCGGUUACUUGUCCAACGCUCUAACCACUAGGCUACACUGCCGCCCCAACAAGUACCCACUGGGCACAGACAUCAGUUCAACGUCAACUGCCCUACUAACAAGUACCCACUGGGCACAGACAUCAGUUCAACGUCAACUGCUCUACUAACAAGUACCCACUGGGCACAGACAUCAGUUCAACGUCAACUGCCCUACUAACAAGUACCCACUGGGCACAGACAUCUGUUCAACAUCUUGUUUUGAUUUACAGUUGGUUGAGUUGUCAAUUCAGUGUGAAAUCAACAAAAAAAAUGUCAUUGGAUUUAGGUUAAACGUUGGGUGAAAAAAAGACGAAAUGCCCUAUUACUGAUUACUUUUUGCAAAUCCAAUUAUUUUCCCACGUUGAUUCAACGUCAUGACAUAGAUUUUUGGGGUUGAAAUUACGUGGAAACAAUGUUGAUUCAACCAGUUUUUGCCUGGAGGGUAGACUAUCAUCAUUUUAGUCUAUAUUCACUUGAAACUAUCACUGUGUUAUUUUAUUUAAGAGGUUUAUUGGUCAUUUGUAAACCUAAAACACAGGACAAGAAUACUUUUAUCUAUGUAAUAGAAAAUAAUAAAGUUGUACUUUUUUACAGCCACCUACAUGGGGUCUGCCAUACAUUUCCUACAAUUACACAAAUGCACCGACAGUAUGAUAGCUUUGUAUUGCAAAUACCCUUUAGCUUAUGAACAGUACUGAAAAAUGUAGUAUUUUAACACAUUUAGCUCCAAGGAUGAAAGUAAAGGCCACAAAUGUAUUUGAAAUGCCCACUUAUGACAUGGUAACUUAAUUUACAAUGACGAUAUGGAGGUAAUGGGCAUUAUGUUUACAUGAAUAAAUGCCAUCAGUGGUGAUUGCUUCAUGUUGCACCAUUUGAAUAAAAAAAUCUGCUUUGUAUAUGCGAGCGUUCUUGUUUGGGAUUCAUUCAAAUAAUUAACAAAUGUAUAAUGUGCUUAAUAUUGAAUUGGGUUGCGUUAGGCUGUGGAUAUUUAGUUGUUGUUUUUGUUGUGGUAUUUCAAUGUUGUUAACAUGUGAAGCUGCAAAAAAUGCUGGAAAAAAAUGUGUAAACAUCACAAUAUACACUGAGUGUACAGAACAUUAGGACCACCUUCCUAAUAAUGAGUACCCCAGAACAGCCUCAAUUCAUCAGGCCAGGGACUCUACAAGGUGUGGAAAGCGUUCCACAUGGAUGCUGGCCCAUGUUGACUCCAAUGCUUCCCACAGUUGUGUCAAAUUUUCUGGAUGUCCUUUGGGUGGUGGACCAUUCUUAAUACAUACAGGAAACGGUGUGAAAAACUGUUGUGUUGCAGUUCUUGACACAAACCAGUGUGCCUGGCACCUACUACCAUACCCUAUUCAAAUGAACAUAAAUAUUGUAUCUUGCCCAUUCACCCUCUGAAUGGCACACAUUCACAAUCCAUAUCUCAAUUGUCUCAAGGCUUAAAAAUCCUUGUUUCACCUGGAAUCACCUGGCCAGUCUAUGUCAUGUUUAGUACACUCAGUAUAUUUUAUUAUAAACAAUCUGUAAAGAAUGUGUAUCUUUCUAUUUGACAGAAGAGCAUGACAGCAGAAUUGACAGAAGAUCAUGACAUAGCAGAAUUGACUGAAGAGCAUGACAGCAGAAUUGACAGAAGAUCAUGACAGCAGAAUUGACAGAAGAUCAUGACAGCAGAAUUGACAGAAGAUCAUGACAUAGCAGAAUUGACAGAAGAGGAUGACAUAGCAGAAUUGACCAAAGAUCAUGACAUAGCAGAAUUGACCGAAAAUCAUGGCAUAGCAGAAUUGACAGAAGAUCAUGACAUAGCAGAAUUGACCGAAAAUCAUGGCAUAGCAGAAUUGACAGAAGAUCAUGACAUAGCAGAAUUGACAGAAGA